AUGAGGCGACCAUCCCAGUAUGUUGAAGGCGGUGUCUCAAGUAGAGUGCACCUUCCAACUUCCAUGUUGCAUCAGCAGUGUGCUAGAGUGCCUCAGUACACCCGGGUGGCAGAGGACUGUGGCCAGGAUGCUAUCUUCGAUGAGGUGCUGGAGUGGCCAGUUGGCAGGUGUGUGGAGCCUGGGGAGGAGGUGCAGGUGCAGCUGCAGGUGUUCAACAAGUACUUCAGUAACAGGACCAUUGCUAACUACGCCCUUGUACUUCAGCGGCUGGUGGGUGAUGGUAAUCUCAUCCUCACAGAUCACAUGACGGAUGCCAACAAUAAACUGGUCCAGACUCUCAUCUCCUUCGAGGCGCGAUACAUACCUCCUCCGGGAAAAGGAGGAGGAAUAGGAGGAAGUACUGGAGGGAGAGUUGAAGGAGGCUUUUGGGACGGCUAUGGAGGGAGUUCUGAUCAGGAGGGAGGCUUUCGAGAGUGUACUGAGGACGACCACAGGAUCUCCUCGAUGUAG